AUGUUUGACACAGAUGAGACUGUUCCGGUACCAGAACCACGUCCCAUCAGAUAUUACCAACAGAAGCUUCAAUCAAACUUCCAGGACACAUUUAAGGUUACAACAGAAGGGUGGGCAGUAGAUGAGCAGCGUCUGGUUGAUAUCUACACAGAGCUGUACAUCACAGCUGGCCAGGACGUGCACAUCAACACACAGCAUGAGGUCCUACAGAUUGACAAGGUAUGGAAGCCAUCAGACACAGAGACACAGAUCCAACCCAGAGACAUUUUCAACCAUCCUUCUGGAAAAGACAUACCCAUCAGAACAGUGCUGACCAAUGGGAUUGCAGGGAUUGGAAAAACAUUCCUCGUGCACAAGUUUGUGUUGGACUGGGCCGAAGAAAGAACCAAUCAAGAUGUGCAUCUUAUUUUCCCGUUCACUUUCCGUGCCCUGAAUUCACUGCAGGGAAAAGAGUUUGGUUUGGCAGAGCUCAUUCAUUUCUGUAUCCCAGAAACUAAAGACGUCUCAGUGGAGGCUCUGAAUUACAUCUUUACAGCUCUGCAGUCAUCAGGAAACAGGAGCUACAAGAAGAGUAGAUUCAAACUGCUGUUUGUGUUUGAUGGACUGGACGAGAAUCGCCUUCAUCUGGACUUUGAUGUAAACAACAUUCGCUCCGUGGACAUAACAAAGUCAACUAAAAUAGAAGUCCUGCUGACAGAACUUAUCAGUGGAAAACUAUUGCGUUCAGCUCGCCUCUGGAUAACCACACGACCUGCAGCAGCCAGUCAGAUCCCUCAAAACCUCAUCAACACUACAACAGAGGUCAGAGGGUUCACCGACCCACAGAAGGAGGAGUACUUCAGGAAGAGAUCCAGAGAUGAGGAGCAGACCAGCAGCAUCAUCUCCCACAUGAAGAAGUCACGAAGCCUCCACAUCAUGUGCUACAUCCCAGUGUUCUGCUGGAUCACUGCUACAGUUCUGGAGGAGCUGCUGGAAACCAGAGAGGAAGGAGAUCUGCCCAGAACCCUGACUGAGAUGUACGCAGAGUUUCUAAGAUUUCAGAUUGAUCACACAAAAGAAAAGUAUGGUCCAAAGAAGUGCAAACAGUACAUUAAGUCAUUAGCUAAACUGGCUUUUGAACAGCUGCAAAAGGGCAACUUGAUCUUCCAUGAGAAAGAUCUGAGAGAGAGUGGCAUCGAUGUGAGUAAAGCCUCAGUGUACUCAGGAGUGUUCACAGAGAUCUUCAAAGAAGAGCGAAGACGGAAACAGGAAGACAAGAUGUUCAGCUUCGUCCAUCUGAGUGUUCAGGAGUUUCUGGCUGCUCUUCACGUCCAUCAGACCUUCAUCAACUCUGGAAUCAACCUACUGGAAGAACAACAACAACAAACUGUCUUCAAGAAGCUGAAAGUAUUUCUAAAGAAUCCUGAACUGAAACAUCUCCACCAGAGAGCUGUGGAUGAGGCCUUACAGAGUCCAAACGGACACCUGGACUUGUUCCUGCGCUUCCUCCUGGGUCUGUCACUGCCGACCAAUCAGAUUCUCCCACGAGGCCUGCUGACACAGACAGGAAGUCGCUUCCAGACCAAUCAGGAAACAGUCAAGUACAUCAAGAAGAAGAUCAGUGAGGAUGUGUCUGUAGAGAGAAGCAUCAACCUGUUCCACUGUCUGAAUGAACUGAAGGAUGUUUCUCUAGUGGAGGAGAUCCAACAGUCCCUGAGAUCAGGACGUCUGUCCAGAGAUAGACUGUCUCCUGCUCAGUGGUCAGCUCUGGUCUUCAUCUUACUGUCAUCAGAAGAACAUCUGGACAUGUUUGACCUGAAGAAAUACUCUGCUUCAGAGGAGGCUCUUCUGAGGCUGCUGCCAGUGGUCAAAGUCUCCAAGAAAGUUGUACUGAGUGACUGUAAUCUGUCAGAGAGAAGCUGUGGAGCUCUGUCCUCAGUCCUCAGCUCCCAGUCCUCCAGUGUGACAGAGCUGGACCUGACUAACAACAACCUGCAGGAUUCAGGAGUGGAGAGUCUUUCUGCUGGACUGGAGAGUCCACACUGUAAACUGGAAGCUCUCAGACUGAGUGGCUGUAAUCUGUCAGAGAGAAGCUGUGGAGCUCUGUCCUCAGUCCUCAGCUCCCAGUCCUCCAGUGUGACAGAGCUGGACCUGACUAACAACAACCUGCAGGAUUCAGGAGUGGAGAGUCUUUCUGCUGGACUGGAGAGUCCACACUGUAAACUGGAAGCUCUCAGACUUAAUAACUGUAACCUGUCAGAGAGAAGCUGUGGAGCUCUGUCCUCAGUCCUCAGCUCCCAGUCCUCCAGUGUGACAGAGCUGGACCUGACUAACAACAACCUGCAGGAUUCAGGAGUGGAGAGUCUUUCUGCUGGACUGGAGAGUCCACACUGUAAACUGGAAGCUCUCAGGCUGUCAGGCUGUCUGGUCACAGAGGAAGGCUGUGCUUCUCUGGCCUCAGCUCUGAGCUUCAAGAUCUCAAAUCUGAGAGAGCUGGACCUGAGCUACAACCAUCCAGGAGACUCAGGAGAGAAGAUGCUGAGAGCUAAAGUGGAGGAUCCACACUGUAGACUGGAAACUCUCAGGGUGACGCCUGCUGGAGUCCGAUGGUUGACACCAGGUCUGAGGAAGUAUUCCUGUCAACUCACAGUCGACACAAACACAGUAAGCAGAAAUGUCAAACUGUCUGACAACAACAGGAAGGUGACAUUUGUGGAGGAGGAUCAGUCGUAUCCUGAUCAUCCAGACAGGUUUGAUUGGUGGGACCAGCUGCUGUGUAGAAGUGGUCUGACUGGUCGCUGUUACUGGGAGGUCGAGUGGAGAGGUGAUGUUAAUAUAUCAGUGAGUUACAGAGGAAUCAGAAGGAAAGGACGCAGUUAUGGCUGUUGGUUUGGACGUAAUGAUCAGUCCUGGAGUCUGAAUUGUUCUGAUGUUAAUGGUUACUCUGUCUGGCAAAAUAAGAGUCAAACAUCCAUCAAGUCCUCCUCAGUCUCUCACAGAGUUUCAGUUUAUGUGGACGUUCCUGCUGGAACUCUGUCCUUCUACAGAGUCUCCUCUGACUCUCUGAUCCACCUCCACACCUUCAACACCACAUUCACUCAACCUCUCUAUCCUGGAUUUGGGGUCUACUGGUUUUCCGGUUCGUCAGUGUUUCUUUGCUGAGUUGAGUCUCCAGAGUCUCGUCCUGGUAGAGAAACAGUGUUGAACAGAUAGUUGAGUCUCUCCAUGACUCUGUCCCUCAGAAACAUGUUUCCACAUUCAUGGAUUAAAUGUGUUUCUUUGUGAAAUCCUUCUAAAUGAUUCCUUGUAAACUCGUUCCUCUUCAAAGAUGGAAGUUGUGAUUAUUCCAGGAGCCAAAUGUGGUGUUUGUGUCUUUUUCCAGUCAAAUGUUGAGAGUGAAAAUCAGGAUGUGGUGUUCCUCUGAUGCUCACUUGAACUAAAAGCAUUUGAGCUGCACAAAGUGUGAAAUGAGAGAGGAAGCAGUGAAUCUACAAACUGCUGACAGACUUUCACACAUUAUUGUCCAGUGAAAAUCAGGUUUUUGUGCAGCCAGACUUGAUCCUGAUUUGAGUGUUUCAGUCCUGUUCUAGUGAUGAAAUGAGAACUUCCUUCAUCUUGUGUGUGAUGGAGAAGAAUAAAGGGCUGUGACUAAAAA